CCGGCGCCGGCCCCUUUAAAUGGCGGCCGCGGCCCCGCCGUGCGCCCCGCGGAGGAGGCAGCCGGCGGGCGCCGCGCCGCCCUCGCCCCCUUCCAUGGAAGUUCAUGAAGUGGAUCAUGGUCUUAUUAACCAGCUACUUGCUGAUUCAGAGGAGGCUCUUAAUUCGUGCACAGAGAAAAUGCAGGGUCCUGCUCAGUACAGCUGGAGUGCUGACUGGAGCUUUUGGCUUGUAUUUCUGCAAACAGGCAGUGGUGAAGAACUGUCUCGUUCAGGUCUGCUACAGCUCUCAAGUUCCACUUACAAAUAUAGGAGUGAAGAAUUCAAGAGGCAGUUUUCUCAUCUGCCAGACUCAGAGAGACUCAUAGUAGAUUAUGCCUGUGCACUCCAGAAGGAUAUCCUGCUGCAAGGGCGCUUAUAUCUCUCUGAAAACUGGCUCUGUUUCCACAGCAACAUUUUCCGAUGGGAGACCACAAUUUCUAUUGCCUUGAAGGAUAUCACUUUCAUGACAAAGGAGAAGACUGCUCGGCUCAUUCCAAAUGCCAUACAAAUAGCAACAAAAGGAGAGAAGUUUUUCUUCACAUCAUUCAGUGCAAGAGACAGAAGCUACCUCAGUAUCUUCCGUUUGUGGCAGAAUGUGCUGCUGGAUAAGAGGCUAACCAAGCAGGAAUUCUGGCAGCUGGUACACCAGAGCUAUGGCUCUGAGCUGGGUCUGAACAGUGAGGAGAUGGAGAGCUUCCACUCAUCGUCUGAGGACAACGGGCAGUCUCGAUCCAGCAUUUGUGAUGAUUCUGGAGAAAGGGAUGAAAAACUACCUAAAAUGAUCAGUUUAGUUCGUGAACCCACACUUCAAGCAGAAGGAGAGUCACUCAACACACACACGUUGCCAGGAGUGGAGGACUCCCCAGCUGAGAAGCAAAUAAAGAGCCCUCUUCCAUCUUCAGAAAGAAAACCUGUUAAGCUAGUCAGGAGCAGGUCUUUAGAAAAGUCCUUGGACCUUAAUGAGAAUGAAAAUCUUCCAGAGAAAAGCAGUGCCUCAGAUAGUGAAGAAGCAGUGAAGGAGACAGUCUCUGAGAAUGAACUCUAUGGGAGACUUUUUAUAAACAGAGUUUUCCACAUCACUGCAGACAAGAUGUUUGAAAUCCUUUUCACCAAUUCUCACUUCAUGCAGAGGUUUCUCAAUUCCAGGAGUAUAGUAGAUGCUGUAUCAACCCCUUGGAAUAGAGAUUCCAAUGGCAAUCAGUUGAGGACUUUGACGUACACUGUAACCAUUAACAAUCCACUUUGUGGGAAGUUCACAACUGCAACUGAAAAGCAGAUCCUGCAUAAGCAGAGCCAGAAAGGUCAGUCUUACCAGGUGGAUGCUGAGGUACUGACCCAUGAUGUCCCCUACCACGAUUAUUUCUACACUGUGAACAGAUACUGUAUCAGCCGCACGUCCAGUCACAAGUGUCGAUUGCGGGUUUCUGCAGAAGUGAAGUACAAAAAACAGCCUUGGGGCCUUGUCAAGUCUGUAAUUGAGAAGAAUACAUGGGGAGGAAUACAGGAAAACUUCAAACAACUUGAAUCAGAUCUCCUAAUGGAGGAAUAUGCAAUUAAUCAGUCCAUAGAAGACUCUGGAAAAUUAGUUGCUCUGAGACGAAGACGACGCACUUUACACCGGGGUCUGGCAGAAUCACUUCCCAAACGCUCUUCCCAACAUUCCUCUGGUGACAUGGGAGUAGAGUCCCAGGGCAGCAUAAUAGGAAGGAAAAGAGAUGCAGUAAGUAGGACCACCACCAUCAUUGUAGUAAUGAGUGUCUUUUUGCUGCUCUUGGUCUUGCUGAAUAUAACACUGUUUCUCAAACUGUCAAAGAUAGAGCAUGCAGCUCAGUCCCUCUAUCAUGUCCAGCUUCAAGAAGAAAGCUCUUUGAACAUAUCCCCAGAAAUGGUAUCAAAAGAAGAGAUCCCUCAGUAUGACAAGGAACAGGUUCAACAUGUAAAGGGAGUCUUAAGAGACUCAAUUGAAAUGCUUGAGCAGCUGAAGACUUCCCUUUCCAUGCUCCAAAGAAGCUUUGACCACUUGAACAGGACACAGAGCAGCAGGACUGAGAGUUAAUACCACUUCAGCUUUUUGUUCAAGAUGUGGGAAGAAGAGAUGUGUGUGUGAGGACUUGUGGGGUAGUGAAUAUAACUGUCACCUUUGGACUCUUCACUGUUUGGCUCAAAAGCUGUACAGAAUAAAGGUUUGUGGAAGAA